GAAGCCAAAUUUUAUAUAUUCGGAGAUGCUAGAAGUUGGUCUGCGAGUCGUCCGCGGCCAGGACUGGAAAUGGGACGAUCAGGACGGCGGGGAGGGUCACGCUGGGACGAUAGUGGAGAUCGGCAGACCUCCCUCCACGGGGACCUCGACCUCCAGUCCGAAUCCCACCGAUCGGACGCCCGACAAGACGGUCAUCGUUCAAUGGGAUCACGGGGCUAGGAGUAAUUAUAGAAUCGGCUAUCAGGGUGCUUACGAUCUGUUGGUGUUCGAUAACGCGGCCGCUGGCGUCAAGCACUCCAACAUAAUUUGCGACGGUUGCAAGAGGCACGGGAUAAUCGGUAUCAGAUGGAAGUGCACGGUGUGCUUCGACUACGAUCUCUGCACGCAGUGUUACAUGGCCGACGUGCACGAGUUGACUCACACCUUUGAGAGAUAUCAGACAGCGAACUCCGUAGGAGUUCGUCUGGAACCGAGAGAGGGGUGCGCGAAGGUACCUCUGAAGGGGAUCUUCAUAGGAGCGAAAGUCAUUCGCGGACCGGACUGGGAAUGGGGAAAUCAGGACGGCGGACGAGGGAAGACCGGCAGAGUCAUGGACAUACGUGGAUGGGACAACGAGAGCAGUCGAUCCGUCGCGACCGUCACGUGGUCGACGGGUAGCACUAAUGUAUAUCGAUUAGGCUUCAAGGGUUGCGUGGAUCUGUGUUACGUGGAGGAGGCUAAUGCCGGUACUUAUUACAAGGAGCACCUCCCGUUACUCGGCCAACCGGUCUUGACCGUGCCGGAUAACGGAAACGGCACGACGCCGACAAAGAGCGGUGUCGCCAGCGUCACGUCUAGUCCACAUCCUCUAACGUUUAACGUCGGCGAUAAGGUGAAAGUGCUAAUGGAGGUCGACACGCUGAAGGAGAUGCAGGACGGUCAUGGCGGGUGGAAUCCGCGUAUGGCGGAGUACAUAGGAAAGAUUGGCACGGUGCAUCGAAUUACGGACAAGGGGGAUAUUCGCGUGCAGUACGACGGCUGUCACAAUAGAUGGACUUUCCAUCCGGGUGCUCUGACGAAAGUUACCGCUAAGGACGGCUUCUCCCUCGGCGAUAUAGUCCGCGUGAAGAGCGACCUGGCCGCCGUCAAGCAGUAUCAACGUGGCCACGGUGAAUGGAUAGACGUCAUGAAAAAUGCUCUGGGGAAAACCGGGAAGGUAAUUAAAAUCUAUUCCGACGGUGACUUGCGCGUGGCGUUGGACAUACAUGGUCAUACAUGGACAUUUAAUCCGUUGAGCGUCGUCCCGGUGUCUUCCGGCACGAACGCUACGGCUGCCGCGCACGAUAAUGCGAACAGGAGUAGGGAUCGUUCGGCCGACGGUACCGACAGCGAGGUGGAGAAGCUGUUAAGGGACGCGGCUAGAGGCGAAGCCGCGGUGGACGCUGUACGGGAAUUCCUAAGGAAGUACCCCGGCAGAGUGGACGCGUGCACUCCCGGCGGUGGCAGAAAGACGUGCCUGCAAGUGGCCGCGCACCAAGGUCAGCGCGAGCUCUGCACCCUCCUCCUCGACGCUGGCGCUUCUCUGCAUGCGGUCGACGAGGACGGAGACACGCCCUUACAUUACGCGGCAUUCGGCAAUCAGCCGGAGAUAAUGGACCUCCUGUUGUCGCGAGGCGCGUCGAUCAAUGCCGUCAAUAACGGCAGAUGCAGCGCUCUGCAUGUGGCAGUUAACAAGCAGCACGUGCAGUGCGUGAGGGUGCUGCUGCGCUAUCACUGCGACGUCAAUCUCCAGGACUCGUACGGCGACACAGCGUUGCACGACGCGAUCGGGAAGGACGCGCUGGAUGUCGUCGACGCGUUAUGCGCCUGCGAGAGGAUUGACUUCACGCUGAGGAACAAACGGGGCUUCAAUAUCCUGCAUCACGCCGCGCUCAAGGGCAACGCUCAUGCAACGGAAAGGCUGGUCACGCGCGCGCGUCACCUGGUGGACGUCAAGAAGGAGGACGGAUUCGCGGCGCUGCAUCUGGCGGCGUUGAACGGGCACAGGGAAGUCGCGGCCAUCCUCCUCUCGCAGAACGGCGGCCGCGCCAAGGUCGAUCUGCGCAACAAUCGACGGCAAACGCCGUUGCACUUGGCGACCUCGCAGGGACACUGGCCGCUCGUCGAGCUGCUGGUGCAUCACAACGCGGACAUCGGCAGCACGGACGAGGACGGUGACACCGUGCUGCAUAUCGCGAUAGCCAAGAGCCCGAAUCAACAGACUGCCGUGCCUGCACCCGAAAGUAGCAGAGAUUCACCGCUUAUAUACGCUAUAUGGCAGAACCUGGCGAGGCAAGGCGCAAAGACUGAAUUAGCGUUAGCUUGUUUCCUGGUGAGCGUGGACAGGAGCUGCAAGCUCCUUGAGCAAGUCAAAAACAACAAGGACAAGACGCCGCUCGAUCUUCUGGAAGGCAAUCCGCAGGCCGCUCUGCUCGCCGAUCUUUUGCGAUCUUACAAAUACCAAAGUCACAGCACGCAAUUAGAAAUAGAGAACAAUCCGUCGACUGGUUACGUAGAGCCACCUACGUAUCGGAUAAACAAUAUAUCGCAGUCGGAAGGAUUGCGCGGCGCGAAGAAUAUAGCCGGCUCCGGCGACGCCGCGGAGUGUCAGAAUUGCUCGGGGAUCAUAGCGGACAACGCAAAGCAGGAAAACCGAAUUGAUCCCGGCAGUAGUGUCACGCUCGUUGGCUGUGCACGUUGCGGCCACGCCGUCGUCAAGACGCAAACGGGUAUUCAAGACGGUCAACUGGCGACAGGCGAGGUAGCCAAUCCGGAGGAUAAAUCGUCGGAAGGCAACCGGAAGGAAGAGAUCAGCGACAGGGAGAAGGAGAAGGACAAGGAUCUGGAGCGGCUACGUUAUUUGGAGACCAGAGUCGCGGAUCUCGAGGAGGCGAAUAUGUGCAGCAUCUGCAUGGAACGUCGUCGCAACGUCGCCUUCCUCUGCGGGCACGGCGCGUGCGAGCACUGCGCCGCUCCGCUGAAGACCUGUCACAUGUGCCGUAAGACGAUCACGAAGAAGAUAAAUUUGUAUUAGGACUCCGAUCAAUGAUCGCGAUCGGAACGUUCCGAUCGCGCGGUGCGCGCGUGUACCGAGUGUCUCGGGAGGGAAAUGUCGGUGUCAGUGAUAAUAAUAGCAAAACAGCCCUGAUGCGUCCAAUUUUUCACAAUUUGGAUUCUAACGUGUAGCCCGUCGAGAAUGAGGGACACGUGUUCGCAGAAAUUUCUUUACUUGCUUAUAUAUUACACGUUUCCUCCGAGACACUCUGUUUUUACUUGCCCAGCGGGAAGCUUUGCCAGCCGCGGGGUGUCUAGAAGAACGUUCGUCAGCUGAUUGAUGAAGGACACGCGCGUUACGUCGCGCGCUGAUGAAAAACUGCCAAAAUGUACACUCCUUUUCCGCGAACAAGCAUUCGUACGAAAGAGACGAAGCUCUUACAUUGCACCAAACGUCGUGCCAUAGCGAGACAGGUUUGCGCGCGAGAAUCGCGUUCGUCCGGACACGAGAUAAUUCGGUCUUACGUUACCUUUUGUUCUGCCCAGGCGAUUAGUUAAGUAGUCUGUUAUUGAAGAUUAAUUAAUACCGGAGUUACGAGAGGUAUCUUGUGUCCCGACGAACACGCGCGACGUACGAUUGUACACCGUUGUACGCUUUUCUCCCUCGCGAAUCGGCGUUUUUCGCCUGUGCUUUGUCCCGUCCAUUUUUUUAUCCAUGUUUAAAGAGAGCGCGGAUAACGAGCACCGAAAAAGAACGAGCUUCUCAUCUCAACGUAGGAAAACGCGCGAUCGUGCUUAUGCGACAACAAUCAUAGAAGCUCGUAGAAACGUUCGUACAUAUCGCUACAUUAUUGCGAGGGGGUGGGAGAAAAAGAAAAGAAUACUGUUUCCACGUGUCCGAAAACUGUGCGAACUCCUGCCGCUUCACGCGCAGUAGAAGGGAAGGGGGCACAUUUAGAUAAUAGAUUAAUUAAUUCUUAUUCGUCUCGAUUUUUAGAUUUGUUAUAAUCAAGAAUUUUUUAAAUAGAUUUUUUGCCGAGAGAUCUCUUGUUGGUUGGUGAGGUUUCAUAAUUCAUUUCCUCGUCGCUUUUUGAAAAUAUUAAUAGUAUAAAACUUUUGUACUAUGCUUUUAUAAUAUGCUAUUUGAUAAGACCCGGUCCAUUUUAUGCGGAUUAAAUAUCGCGACGGAAUGUUCUCUUGAUGUUCUAGACGUUCCGUUAAAAAUGACGAAAGUACCUAUUGAUUCGAAUUGUGCGAGUCUGAUGCGACGUUUAAAUGUAUCCCCUUUACCCCGAUCGCGUUCUGCGUAAUGAAUAAGAUACGCUAAUAGGAAACAUCCAGUCUUAUAGCCAAAUUUUCUAGGUAGAAUAAUUGUACUCGAUUGUAUAAAGUGAUUCAUUUGUGAUCGAAUGCGACAGCAGCGGAACCAAUUAAUUUUAAGCGCGCUUCCCGUCACGGACGAACCUUCAGGUGAAAAGGAAAGCAAUGCGUUUGCAUGUAAUAACGACGCCGACGAUUGCCGAGGUACAAGCUUAUUAUUAACGCGAGGAUAGAUUUUUUUGGGGGAUCCUCGAAUUAACCACAGAAAGAAACCCUAUGUGAUUUCUGGGAGAACUUUUUUUUUCAUCAGUAUUAAACGUCUUGCCUUUCUACUCAACACAACGAAAAGGAAACUUGUACUCGCGGCGUGUAAAAGAGUUCUAUUUAAUACUAUUACGAGUAAGUCGUAAGAGAUGUACCCCGGAGCAUAUCGGAGGAUGCGUGAUCAAUAAGAUUUUUUUACGUCGGCUAAUUUCUACUGGAGAAGUCGAGUGACUUUCAUGGAUCAUUGCUGCACAUACUGGAGCGACAGCGGUCCUUUCAGGGUAACGUAUCGCGGAUUUUACGUUCACGACGACAAACGUACAAUUUGCGAUAGUGCAAUCUGAUUUCGAUUCAAGAUGAUAUUAGCUUCCUUCCUUCAUUUCCUCUCUCUUAUCUUUUCUUCUUUUUUUUUUUUGUAAUAAUAGCUGUAUUGUCGUUUAGAUAUCUGCGGCGUACACUACGAAAGAUGUUAUAUUACGAUAUAGAGCUACAGCGUAACUCUUAAGCGUCGAUGGAGAUUUCUACAAUUGUAAUAUUAAGGCGUAAUUUAAAUAAACAAUUUGACGGUA